UCAUUCGAUCGGCAAGCGCGUUAGCGAGAGCAACCACUACUUCCUCGAUCAGCAGCCACCACACCACACCACACCACACCACACCACACCAUGGAUAUAGUACAAAAGUCAAUCUUCAACAGCGGCCCGGCCAGAGGCAUCUACGAGCCGCCCGUGGGCUACUUCACGCCGUUCAACACCCCGCCAUACAUCGCUGGCUACACGGAUUCGGGCAGCUGGCUAGCGGAUCACCACAUCCAGCAGCAGCACCACCACCAGCAGAUGCAGCACAUCAGGUUCCCCACGCCGCCCAUCACGCCGCCGCGUCCCGUCGCCGGAUACGGAUACAGCCAGCGCACCCAGUCCGUGAUCAUGAAGGCCCACGGCCAGCAGGAGGACCUCUGCCGCAGUCCCGUGGAGUUCCAGGAGGACAGCAAGUCCUGCAGCAGCGGCAGCGAGUGCGGCACCGCCAGCGAUUUCGUCUGCAACUGGAUCGAUUGCGACAGGGUUUUCGACACACUGGAGGCCCUGGCGCAGCACGUGACCCAGCGACAUGCGAUCGCCUCCCUCACAGACGGACUCUACUACUGCCGCUGGCGGGGAUGCCAGCGCAGCGAGCGGGGCUUCAACGCCCGCUACAAGAUGCUCGUCCACACCCGCACCCACACCAAGGAGAAGCCCCACCGCUGCCACCUGUGCGAGAAGUCCUUCUCGCGGGCGGAGAACCUCAAGAUCCACAUCAGGUCGCACUCCGGCGAGAAGCCCUACAAGUGCAGCUUCGAGGGCUGCCAGAAGGCGUACUCCAACUCCUCGGACCGCUUCAAGCACACCCGCACCCACUCCAUGGAGAAGCCGUACAUGUGCAAAGUGCCCGGCUGCCAGAAGCGCUACACGGAUCCCUCCUCGCUGCGAAAGCACGUGAAGACCUUCAAGCACAGCAUUCACCUGAUCGCCAGCCAGCCCCUCAGCCUGCCCAGCGCCCCCUGUCUCCUGGAGGCCAGUAACGAGUCCGCCUUCACAUGUCUACCGGCCGCCGGCAGUGCGGAGUCCACCUGCUCCUCCUCCUCCGCCCGCUACUACGAUGACUCCAACAACGAGCCCAGCGACUACUCGCUGAAGCCCAAGCCGGAUGCGGAAUUCUCUCCCAGCUACUGGCUCAACGAGCGGCAGCACAGUUACCUCCGCAGCGAGGACUUCUUCGUCAAGAUGGACGUGGAGUCGCCGCUGGACCUGCGCAUCCACAGAAUUUGAACCGACCCACCGGUUCACCCUCGUCUCUCUUCCCCAUCUAGUCAUUGCGCUGGUCCCCAGCUCUUGUCACUACACCUAGAUUACUGUUUAACCUGAUUAAAGACUGUUGUAUUUGAA